AACUUUUCUCCUCUCUAUUAGUAGUAAGUUCCAAACAGAGUUUACUCGAUCUGCAGCUAUAACGUUUUCGGCUCUUCGUGAACUAUCAAGACCACUCUCCGUCUAGUUCCCAACAUUUGUUCGCCUCUUCAUGGCCGCAUGCGUUCUCUCUUCUCUUCUCUCUCCUCCUAUCCCUCAUUCCUCCAUUCCUCGCUCAGAAAACCUCCUUUUGCACUUCACGCCCAUCACUUGAAAUCCUACCACCACCACCUCCUCACUCCACUAUUCCCUUCUUCUUCAGUCCUACACUUAUGCGAAGACCUUCAAACCCUCAAAAAGUUCCACGCUUCUCUCAUAAUUUCGAACUGUUACAAACCCAUUUCAAUAGCUUCAAAACUUAUACCCCUUUAUGCCCAGUUUGAUGACCUCAACAGUGCUAGUUCAGUUUUUGAAGCCGUCCAAGAAUUCAGUAAUACUCUUAUCUGGAAUUCAAUAAUCAAGGCCCAUGUUGAUUCGGGUUCCAGCGAUUCGGCUUUUUUUCUAUAUAGGCAAAUGAGAAAAAUGGGUGUUGAGCAUGACAGUUUCACCUUCCCCAUAUUGAAAAAAGCGAUAUUGUUGAUUCCGAAUGGGGUUUUGGUAGGGAGAAUGAUUCAUUGUUUGGCAACUAAAAUGGGUUUUCAAUCAGACGUGUAUUUCUGCAAUACAAUGAUGGAUGUGUAUGUGAAAUGUGGGUGCAUUGGUUAUGCUUGUCGGGUGUUUGAUGAAAUGUCUGAAAGGGAUUUGGUGUCUUGGACUACGGUGAUUUCGGGUUAUGUUUACGAAAGAAAUGUAACUGAUGCUUUUGAAUUGUUCCGUGAAAUGCGAUUGGAGUUGGAACCCGGUCCAGUGACGGUGGUGGUCAUGUUGCAAGUGUGUUGUUCUUAUAGAAGACUGGUUGAAGGGAGGCAAUUGCAUUCUUAUGUGAUGAAAAGAGGGUUUCCGAUUACAGGUUCUCUUCAGAAUUCGAUUUUGAAAAUGUACAGUAAUGCGGGUAGCAUCAAUGAGGUAGAAAUCUUUUUCAGUGAAAUUGAGAGAAGGGAUGUUGUUUCGUGGAAUAUCUUGAUUUCGUGGUACAUCUCAAGAAAGGAUAUUAUGGAAGUUGACAAGUGCUUUAACAAAAUGCAAGGUGAAAUAAGGCCUAGCAGUGAGACAUUGACCUUGGUUAUUUCAGCUUCUGGGAAAAAUGGUGAUCUUUUUCAGGGCAAAAGAUUGCAUGGUGUUGCUAUUAAAAGUGGACUUUAUGACAAUGUUCUUCAAACUUCAUUGUUGGAUUUUUAUGCGAAGUGUGGAGACAUGGAGGUAGCAGCUCAAAUUUUUGGAGAAAUUCCCUUUAAGAAUAACAUUACUUGGAGUGCUAUGAUAUCAGGUCUCAUUGAUGGAGGGCAUUUUGAGGAUGCCAUAGAACUAUUCCGGCAAAUGCGCAACGGAAGUACAGAACCUAUGGCUGAAAUCUUUAAAAGCCUUGUCGUUAUGUAUACCCAUAUGGGCGCGCUGAAACUGGGUAAAGGAAUCCACGCUUACCUUAUCAAGAAUUUACUUUCUAAUUCCCCUGAAGAAGAUACUCCCUUAGAAACCUCUAUCUUAAACAUGUACGCAAGAAGUGGAAGCAUUUCUUAUGCUAGAAUAUGCUUUGAUAGGAUGGUCAAUAGAGAUCUUGUGACAUGGACGUCGAUGAUUGAGGGCUGUGGAGCCCAUGGGCUAGGUUUUGAGGCCCUGCAACUUUUUCAUCAAAUGGUGGAAGAAGGCAUAGAGCCAAAUAGUGUGACCUUCUUGAGCUUAUUAUCUGCCUGUAGCCACUCUGGCCUUCUGAGUGAAGGUUGUGGUGUCUUUUAUGCCAUGAAAUGGAGAUUUGGAAUGGAACCCGAUCUGAAUCAUUACACUUGUGUCGUGGAUUUGUUAGGUCGAUCUGGGAAGCUCAAAGAGGCAUUAGCUAUAAUUCUGAAACUAGUGGCUUUCUCAGAUGGUAGGAUUUGGGGCGCACUAUUUGCAGCCUGUAAAGUUCAUGGGAACCAAAAACUAGGGGAAUAUGCAGCAAAAAGGCUCUUGGAUUUGGAACCCAGUAAUGCCGGCUAUUGCACUUUACUUAGUAACAUUCAAGCUGUUGAUGAAAGGUGGGAUGAAGUCGAAGAAGCGCGGAGACGUAUGAAAGACAACGAUUUGAUGAAGAAGCCCGGGUGGAGCUGCGUCGAAGCCAAUGGAUUGAUCCAUGGUUUUGUGUCUUGUGAUCGGUUACAUCCACAAAUUGUCGAAAUUUACGAGACAGUGGAUGUUUUAAGCAGGAAAAUGCAUGAAGUUGGUUGUAAAUUGAAUAGCUGAUUUCUUGAGCUAUUGAAUUACCCUAACUUUCAUCGAGGAAUUCAAUCGAACAAGAACACAUUUACUGUAAUUUUCCAUUUUGAUUGCACCCAGAUGACAUAGAUGUUAACCAUGCAAGGUUU